UCGGACAUAUUCUUUACUCAAGAAAUAAUUUGUCUCAACAAGUUUUCCCAUAUUUUAUGAUGUAAAUCCAUCUGAUGCACGGCAUCAAAGAGAAAGUUUUGCCAAAGCUUUUGAUGGGCAUCAAAUGCUUCAAAGGGACAAGGAGGUCAUGGAAAGUUGGAGAGAUUCUCUCAGGAAGGUUUCGGACUUAUCUGGUUGGGAUUGCAAUAAGAAUCGGUCUGAAGUAGAACUUGUUGACACAGUGGUUGAGGAGCUGUGGACCAAAUUACAUCUUAGACUACCACCUUAUACUGAAGGACUCAUUGGAAUUGACAAUAAAGUGAAACAACUAGCGCCACUAUUGGAGAUAGGUUCGAAUGAUGUUCGGUUUCUAGGAAUAUGGGGUUUAGGGGUGUUGGGAAGACAACAAUUGCUAGGGCUGUUUUUGAGAAAUAUCAUAGCCAAUUUGAUAUUAGUUGCUUUCUUCACAAUGUUAGGACAGCUUCAGAAAGAGAUGGUGGCGAGGUUCAAUUACAAAGUUUAUUUCUUUCAAAUCUCAAAAUAA